AUGAAUAUACCAAUAGUAGAUAUUGCAAGAUGUGGACUAACAGUGGAAAGCGAAGAAAAAGUCUCGGAGGCUGACCUAUUUGACAUUGGGAAAAAGUUAUAUGAAGCGUUCUCAUCCUCGGGCUUUGCUUACGUAACUAAUCAUGGCAUUCCAGAUGAAAUCAUAAAAGAUUUGAAUAAAGUCGGCGAGGAAUUUUUCUCCCAUUCUCUCGAGUAUAAGAUGAAGUUUGCUUCAAAAAGUAUCGGGCUUUGCUACGAUAACUAUCAAUCUUUCCAAGCAAAUUUGGAACGACCGCAUGAUAUGAACGAGGGCAUUCGCUUCCCUGCUAAUAUGGGAGACAACGAGUGGCCUGAUGUCGACAAUUUGAAAGUAAGAGUGACGGAAAUGCAACGUUUAUGUAGAAUAUUGCUGAUGAGAGUUUUGAAAGCUCUCGGACGGGCAAUGCGAUUAAGCGAUAAAAACUUGUUCGCCAAGUCACAUGAAUUAGUUGGCAAAGAUGGCAACACAUCAUGCUUUAAAUUUAUAUACUAUCCUGCCUUGGGACCUGGCGUUGAAAUACUUGAAAACCAGAUUAGAUGUGGAGAACACACUGAUUUUGGCUCGUUAACCUUUCUGUUCCAAGAUGACAUUGGCGGACUACAAGUAAAAACUUUAGACGGAAAUUUUGUUGACGUGAGACCUAUUCCUGGCACCAUGCUCGUUAAUGUCGGUGAGAUGCUGCAUUAUUGGAGCGGUCAGCGUUUGAAAGCAACAGUCCACCGAGUGGUGAACCCAACAGACGAAUCUCGAAAAAUGAAGCCAAGAAGAUCUUUUGUGUAUUUUGCCAUCGUUGAUAACGACGUUUCGUUAGACGAGUUAGAUUUUGAUGAUGAUCUUGGGAAAAACGGAAAACAUGAGGCAAUUACAUCACUUGAACUUUUUAACAGACUUUUUGCCAUGAAAUGUCAUAACAAUCAGAAAAACUAA